AUGCCGGACACCUGCCAGGGUCCAGGCCGGCCCGGACCCCUGGUGACCCUGAACGUGGGUGGGAAACUCUACAGCACCACCCUGGAGACCCUGACCCGGUUCCCCGACUCCAUGCUGGGCGCCAUGUUCCGGGGUCCCCAGCCGGCCCUCCUGGACAGCUGCGGGAACUACUUCAUCGACCGCGACGGUAAGACGUUCCGCCACGUCCUGAAUUUCCUCCGUUUUGGCCGACUGGACCUUCCGGAGGGCUACGCCGAGCUCUCCUUGCUGCGGGCCGAAGCCGACUUCUACCAGAUCCGUCCGCUUCUGCAUCAGCUGCAGCGGGUCGAGGCGGAGCGGUGGCGCCAACGGAGCAACGCGGUGCUCCACGCCGACGUGGACCUGAACUCCCGCCGGCUGCAUUUCAACGUGCGCCGUGGACCCCAGAACUACGAGCUCAGCUCUUGCACCGUGGAGAUCUUCACCGCUAACGUCUUCUGCACGGACAGGCACUUUCUGGCCGUUCUGCGUAGAUACCUGGGCCACCUUGACUGUGCCAACGGGAAUGUGGAGGAAGGGUCUCCCCACCUCUGCUUGGAGUGGGCCCCAUGUCCGGCUGCUCUGCCAGCUGCGGAGUACGCCAAACAGAAGCUGCGCCGGCUGUGGGUGGACGGGCGAGAGAUCCGAUCCUCCAACGAAUUUCUGGAAGAGGUGUUGAAGGUGGCCUUGGCCCAGGGCUUCCGAGUGGAUUCGGUCUUCCCUGACCCGGCCGAUAUCCUGAACGCUCGCUCGUUGCGUUUUGUGCGACACUGA